AUGAUAAACAGUAGAGUAUUUGGAGCAAGACUGACAGAACCAUGCCCCAACAGGUUCUGGAACUCGGUGGAGCCGUACUGCGCCGACCUCACCAACGAGGAGCUGCGCGUCCUGGAGGAGCUGCUCAAGCCGCCCGAGGACGAGGCUGACCACUACAAGAUCCCGCCCCUGGGGAAGCACUACUCGCAGCGCUGGGCCCAGGAGGACCUGCUGGAGGAGCAGAAGGACGGAGCCCGUGUGGCUGCAGCUGCUGACAAGAAAAAAGGCGUCCUGGGGCCGCUGACUGAGCUGGACACGAAAGAUGUGGACGCCCUGCUGAAGAAGUCGGAGGCCCAGCACGAGCAGCCCGAGGAUGGCUGCCCCUUCGGCCCCCUGACACAGCGCCUCCUACAGGCGCUGGUGGAGGAGAAUAUCAUCUCCCCCGUGGAGGACUCCCCGAUCCCGGAGGUCGCGGGCAAGGAUUCAGGGGCUGAUGGCGCUGGCACCUCCCCCCGCAGCCAGAACAAGCCCUUCAGCGUGCCGCACACCAAGUCGCUGGAGGGGCGCAUCAAGGAGGAGCUGAUUGCGCAGGGGCUGCUGGACUCGGAGGACCGCCCGGCCGAGGACGCUGAGGAUGAGGUGCUGGCGGAGCUGCGCAAGCGGCAGGCGGAGCUCAAGGCGCUCAGUGCUCACAACCGCGCCAAGAAGCACGACCUGCUCCGGCUGGCCAAGGAGGAGCUGCACCGGCAGGAGCUGCGGCAGCGCGUGCGCAUGGCGGACAACGAGGUCAUGGACGCCUUCCGCAAGAUCAUGGCCGCGCGCCAGAAGAAGCGCACGCCCACCAAGAAGGAGAAGGACCAGGCCUGGAAGACCCUGAAGGAGCGCGAGAGCAUCCUUAAGCUACUGGACGGCUAGCCGGGCCCUGGGACGGGCUCGCGCCGCCGGAGACUGGCCCAGCGCAGGG